UAGAAUGUUUGCUUUUGCGCACGUUAUGAUCAGCCGGAUAAACGGGAAGUUUCUGUACGUGAACAUUGGGGUAACGUUAUACAUUUUCAAGAAAUACGUGACUUUUUUCAAAUCUUUUUACUAUAGAAGAGCGAAAGCCAGUCUGUAUGAUACUGCAUCACGUGCAAAAGAGGACAUUAAAGCUGCUAUUUCUUUUGUUCCAGGUUGUUUUAUUUGCGUAUUAUUGUAUUGUAGUAUUGUAGUUCAAUGAAAUCACGUUUAUCAGAUUUUUCGUAGCAGCAAAUACGUGUUUGAACUCGAACCCGUUAAAAUUGUAUAUUAAUACCGGAGCUGUAUAGUAAGUGUUUGUUCUUUAGCGCGGUUUACUAAACGAAUGGGACAGAAACUUACCUUAAAGCGAAGGCACUUUCUUGACGCGGUUAGGUUUUAUGGCCGAGCGACGCUCGUCUUCGGCUGUCAAGAAGAAGAAACCCCAGGGGAGAUUAUCCCUGACGAAAAGGAGGCAGGGAAGCAGAGAUGAUGGCUGUGGUCCCCCAGCCUCUAUCUCCUCGUUUUUCAAAAACGCACCGCCAGCCAAACUGGCCUGUCCUGUAUGCGGCGAGAUGGUGCCUCGAUUCUCCAUCAACGAGCACAUCGAUACGAGCUGUCAGCGCUUCCAGCGAGGAUGUGAACAGCAGGCCAUCGCUGUCACCUCUGGACAUGAAACAGUCCUUCACUCCUCACCUCAGGACCCCAGUGCUGGCAGUGACCUGGCCGGGAGUCCACACGCCGAGGAGAAGAGCCAGUCCACCAGCCCUUAUUUUAAGAAGCAGGAGACAGUCCAGUUACACGAAACCAAAGAGAAUCCUGCAGAUAAAGUCAUUCAGACUGUUGGUUUAGGGAGUUUGUCCUCAAAACUGUCCAGAAAGCGUCUGAAGUUCUCUGUGAAUGUGGAGAAAUCUUGCACUGAGGCUGCCCCUCAAAACAGAAACACUUCUGAAGACACAAAUAGGAGCGAUAACAUCGGUAAUGUUGAGACACAUUUGACUAGUGACAGAGACUUGGUUCCUAAAGGUGCUGUUCCUCAGGGCGAGGGGGAGGGACCCACUAAGAAAGAGGUGACACCCACAUUUCUCCCUCCAGUGGAGGUCGUCUCAAAGCCCCUCGCUGCCUCUUCGCGGCUGAGUAAAAGGAAAGCGGGGGGACCAGGCAGGGGAAGCCGAGCCCAGAGCUCAGACAGAGCAGCAGCCCUUGAUUCCAGCAAGAGGCCCAGGCACGAUGGGGUGGGCAUCUCUGCACCUAUGGAGAACCCUCAGCUACCCCAUCGAAUCCACACUCCGGGCACUAAUCCCAGCCCCAGCACAGCAAAGGGGCCUCUGGCCAUAGAGGAUGACAGUCCUCCAGUAGAUGGCUCAGAGGCAACUCAAGCCACCAGUACAGUGCUGGGUGCAGCGCAAGCCCAGUCGGAGACGUCUAGCGCUGACCAGAGUGUGGAGGAAGCGGAAGGGAAAGGAGAGUCACCUCGUCUACCGUACUACCUACGCAACUUCCUGAUGGUGCUGGAGACGGUGCUGGAGAAUCCAGACGACAGGCUGCUCUUCAGCGAGGAGGACCAUGGGGUAGUCCACACCUUCAGACAGCUGUCAGCCGUGGGCCAGAUGCUGUACGUGCGUCUGUUCCAGAGGAAGCUCCAUUGGCUGAGAGUGAGGAAGCUGGACUAUGCCGAGAUCGGACCGGAACCGAGCGCGGUGGUGCAGGAGAUGGCGGGACGCGGCCUAGUGGAGACCGAGAGCACCCUGGCCGACCUGGGGGAGGCGCUGGAUCUGCUUCCCGCCCCAGAGCUGAGGAGCCUGGCUAAGACCUUCCACCUGGGGGGGCCCGGGGCCCAGAAGCAGCAGCUGAUGGAGGGCCUUCUGCGGCUGGGCCGACAGCGCUCGCUAUUCGCUGCGGCGGGGGCGGGAAAGGGUGCUGCGGGGGCUGCAGCUGUGAUGCUCAAGAGGGCAAAGGCACUGGUGGGGCCUUGCGUGCGCGUGUGCCGUGGCCCCCGCGCCAUCUUCUCCCGCCUCCUGCUCCUCUUCUCACUCACCGACAGCCUGGAGGAGGAGGAGAGUGGCUCGGUGGGGCAUGGGCAGCUGUACACCCUCUUGCUGGUGAACUCCGGACGCCUGGCCUUCCCCGCUUACACUGUCCAGCGGAAGGCCAGGAUUUUCCAGGACAGAGAUGAUCUCAUCAGGUACGAGGGCGCCGUACACAGCCUGCAGGAAGUGGGCGUGGCCAUGCAGGGGGGCAGCUGGGACGACGCCCUGGGCCUUUACCUCACAGCCAAGGCCGCGUGGCAGGAACAGGGGGCCAGCUGCUGCCUCAGGCACCAGGAGGAGCUGCCUCUGUUUCUGCGCUGCUUCACAGCCGGCUGGGCAUAUACCCGCAUCCUGUCCCGGGGGGUGGAGAUCCUGCAGAGGCUGCGGCGAUACGAGGAGGCUGUGGAGGAGCUGAGAUCCCUGUUGUCCCAGUCACUGUACUGUACAGACAGCAGAGGGCGCUGGUGGGACCGAUUGGCCCUUAACCUGCAACAGCACCUCAAACGACCUGAGCAGGCUAUCAGUGCCAUCCGGGACGGCCUGGUGGACCCGCUUGUGCGGACGGGCCAUCGACUCUCCCUGUACCAGCGUGCCAUGCGCAUGAGGGACUCUCCGGGCUGCAGGCGGUUCCGAUUGUUGCUGCGUGACCUGCCCGCUGUGGUGGUGAAGGACGUAGUGCAUGUGACCAUCCGAGGGCAGUUAUUUCCACAUGCGGGAGGCGUGGGCAAGUCCGUCUUCUUAAUGCCUGCGGACGAGGGGGAUGAGGACAGCGGAACCGUGGAGAGCAGUCGUUCUACUGUCAUGUGCUCCGUGGAGGAGCUGGCCCUCGCCCACUACCGGCGCCUCGGUUAUGACCAAGGAAUUCAUGGAGAGGGUUCCACCUUCUCCACAUUGUUUGGCCUGCUGUUAUGGGACAUCGUUUUCAUGGAAGGCAUUCCUGACGUCUUCCGGAAUCCCUAUCAGACCUGCCCGCUGGACCUUCAUACCGACAGCUUCUACGAGAGUCGCAUGGAGGCGGUAGAGGCACGGGUGCGGCUGCUGCGGGGGGCUUCCGUGGAGACGCUGCACGGCCUGCUGGAAGCGACGUGGAACGCCCAGCACGGGAAGAUCUGCGUGCUGGUGAACUGGGAACGCUUCUCCUCCCUGCAGCAGGCGCAGAGCCUGGUGACCUGCCUCAGGGGGCCCUUCCUGGCAGGGCUGGUGCAGCGGAUGGCCCAGGAUUACAGGCACUGUCGGGGCGGCCUGCCCGACCUGGUCGUGUGGAACACUUGCAACAGCACGUAUAAGCUGGUGGAGGUCAAGGGUCCCAACGACCGGCUCUCCCAAAAGCAGCAGAUCUGGCUGGACGAGCUCCGUAAGCUGGGCGCAGAGGUGGAGGUGUGCCACGUGACGGACGUGGGCGCCUUGGGGGAAUGCCGGGACUGAGCCGCUGCGGGGCUGCCACCUGAACCGGCCCUGGGAGCGGCGAUGCCCCCCAGCUGGACUGAAAAUGAGGGCCAACAGAAACACUACGGAGGGGCGGGGCGAGCCGUCCGGGUCCCUGUCCGAAAUACCUCAGCCGAAUCCACUACGCAAUGCGCAGAUAUAUCCUCUGUACGCCUUCUGAAUACUGCUACUGUUGCACAGAGUGGGUUCUGUGUGAUGCAAUAAUAAAGUUUAUCAUGAGAUAAUAAAAGACAUGCCAGUUAAUGUUAAAAA